AUGGGGAGAAAACCGUGUUGUGAAAAGAAGGGGCUGAAGAAAGGGCUGUGGACGCCGGACGAAGAUAAGAAAUUGGUUGAGUAUAUCACCAACAAUGGCGGCCAUGGCAGCUGGUGUUCCCUAUCAAAACUUUCAGGUCUUCUUCGUUGCGGGAAAAGUUGCCGGCUUCGUUGGAUAAACUAUCUUAAACCAGACAUUAUACGAGGUCCCUUUAGCUCUGAGGAAGAGAAGCUUGUUAUAGAAUUGCAUGGCAUUCUCGGAAACAGAUGGGCGGCCAUUGCAUCUCAUCUACCGGGAAGAACAGACAACGAGAUCAAGAACUUAUGGAACACCCAUCUGAAGAAGCGUGUGCUUAAAAUCGGCAUUGAUCCUCAAACUCACACGCAUUCCUUGACGUCCAAUGGAUCAGAGGAAAGAUGUCCAUCAUCUCCCUCUACACUACACAUGAUACAAUGGGAGAAUGUUAGGCUCGAAGCCGAAGCUCGUCUCUCAAGAGAAACACUACUCUUGAUCCCACCAUCAAUUGGAAAAAAGGAUACCGACUAUUUCUUACGCUUGUGGAAUUCCGAGGUUGGAGAAGCAUUUCAAAAAUUCGACAAGGGCAACAAAACUGCUUGUCAAAGUUCAGUCUCGAUUUCAUCAACAAAGCACAGAUCAAUAUCAGGAACCACGACAGAAACGUGUCUGAUUCGAACAGGUUCAUCGGAUGAUGCAGACUGCAAGAACAGCAAAGUGUACACUGAAGAUGUCUUCUUGCCAAAAUCGGAUUCCACGAGUUCUAAAGAAAUGGAGGAUUCGUCCGAAUCUGCAUUGCAGCUGCUACUGGAUUUCCCUAGUAACAAUGAUAUGAGUUUCUUGGAACAUUCUGAUAGCUAUAGCCUAUAUCCUGCCAUCUUCAAUGAAAGAUUCUUAAACUGA